CCGACCACGACGACAUCACAAGAAGGGGCUGUGGAUACCGAACUUCCGCAUCAGUCUUCAAACUUAGCUUCUCCCCAAAGUUAGGCGAGUGUCCUGCUCAGUACUGGGCUUGCAUCUCUGACAUGGAGGAUGUCCUGUCAUUCUGGGAUGUAGCCAUUUAUUUCUCUGCAGAGGAGUGGGAAUGCCUGGGCCCUGCUCAGUGGAAUUUGUACAGGGAUGUGAUAGUGGAGAAUUACAACAAUCUGGUGUUCCUGGGUCUUGCUUCAUCAAAGCCAUACCUAGUGACAUUUCUGGAGCAAAAACAAGAGCCUUCAGAUGUGAAGAGACAAGCAGCUGCCACUGUGCACCCAGGAAAAGAACAAUACACAGACAAAGAAUGUGAUAAAACCUUUCAUUGGAACUCACAACUUACUAACAAUCAGAGGAUUCAUUUAAGAAUGAAGCCCUAUAAGUGUGAAGAAUGUGGCAAGUCUUUUUGUUUCCCUUCAUUGCUUUCUAUACACAAGAGAAUUCAUACUGGAGAGAAACCCUUCAAGUGUGAAGUCUGUGGCAAAGCCUUCCAUUCUCCAUCAUUGUUUUCUGUACACAAGAGAAUUCAUACAGGUGAAAAACGCUAUAAGUGUGAAAUAUGUAACAAGGCCUUCCAUUGCCCAUCAUUACUUUCUGUACACAAGAACAUUCACACAGGUGAGAAACCCUACACAUGUGAAGUAUGUGGCAAGGCCUUCCAUUGUCCAUCCGUGCUUUCUAGACACAAAAGACUCCAUACAGGGGGAAAACCCUACAAGUGUGAAGUAUGUGACAAGGCCUUCCAUUGUCCAUCAGUACUGUCUGACCACAAGAAUAUUCACACGGGUGAGAAACCCUACAAGUGUGAAGUGUGUGGCAAGGCCUUCCAUGCUCCCCCUUUACUUUCUGCUCACAAGAGAAUUCACACAGGAGAGAAACCCUACAAGUGUGAAGUGUGUGGCAAGGCCUUCCAUACCCCAUCACUACGUUCUGUACAUAAGAGAAUUCAUACAGGGAAGAAAGCCUACAAGUGUGAAGUAUGUAGUGAGGUCUUUAGCACUUCCUGGCAGAUUUCCAGUCACUUGGUAAUCCACUCUGGAGAGAAACCGUAUAAGUGUGAGCAUUGUGGAAAGGCCUUCUCUACAAAGUCAUACCUAACUAAGCACAAAUUACUUCACAAGAUGGAGAAACUUUAUAGAUGUGAAGAAUGUGGCAAACAGCUCAACAGUUCUAGAAGCCUUCAAGAGCAUCAAAGAAUUCAUUCUGGAGAGAAACCCUACAAGUGUAAAGAAUGUGGCAAAGACUUCAGAACGUACACAGCACGUUCUAGACAUCGGACAGUUCAUAUUGGAGAGAAAUGUUACAAGUGUGGAGAAUGUGGCAAAACCUUUUACCAGUCUUCUGGUCUUAAGCAACACCAAAGAAAUCAUCUGGAUGGACCAGGUGUCGGUGCACACUCCAGUGUGAUCCCAGGAGCUGCGCCCCUCCCCUUGGGAGAGGUGCAGAGGAGGAAAGUAUUUGCUCAGAGAACACCUGGUGGUGAGUACAUGCCCGAGUUUGUGAAAGCCAGGGAUAACUGGUCCUUCGCUCUGACUUGUGGGAAAUGUAGUUCCGACCACGAUGACAUCACAAGAAGGGUCUUGGGAUACCGAACUUCGGCGUCAGUCUUCAAACUUAGCUUCUCCCCAAAGUUAGGCGAGUGUCCUGCUCAGCACUGGGCUUGCAUCUCUGACAUGGAGGAUAUACUGUCAUUCUGGGAUGUGGUUAUUUAUUUCUCUGCAGAGGAGUGGGAUUGCCUGGGCCCUGCUCAAUGGAAAUUGUACAGAGAUGUGAUGUUGGAGAAUUACAACAACCUUGUGUUCCUGGGUCUUGCUUCCUGUAAGCCAUACCUGGUUACAUUUCUGGAGCAAAGACAAGAGACUUAUGGUGUGAGGAGACAAGCAGCAGAUGCCAUGCAAGCAGGGGAAAAAUGCUACACAUGCAAAGAAUGUGGCAAAGCCUUUGAUUGGAAAUCAAAAUUUAGUAAGCAUCAAAGAAUUCAUUUAAGAUUGAAACCCUACAAGUGUGAAGAGUGUCAUAAGGCCUUCCGUGUCCCAUCAUUACUAAAGGAACACAAGAGAAUUCAUACAGGAGAGAAACCAUACACGUGUGAAUUAUGUGCUAAGGCCUUCCAUGGUCCAUCAUUACUUAAUAAACACAAGAGAAUUCAUACUAGGGAAAAACCCUUCAAAUGUCAAGUAAAUGGAAAGGCCUUUCAUUUUUCAUCAGUACUUUCUGAACACAAGAAAAGUUAUACUGGACAGAAACCCUACAAGUGUGAAGUAUGUGACAAGGCCUUUCGUUUUCCUUCAUUACUUUCUGAACACAAGAGGAUUCACACAGGAGAAAAACCCUACAAGUGUGAAACAUGUAACAAGGCCUUCCAUGCACCAUCAUUACUUUCUGUACACAAGAGAAUUCACACAGGAGAGAAACCCUACAAGUGUGAAGAAUGUGGCAAGGCCUUCCGUGUUCCAUCAUUACUUUCUAAACACAAAGUGAUUCAUACUGGAGAAAAACCCUACAAGUGUGAAGUGUGUGGCAAGGCCUUCCGUGCUCUAUCACUACUUUCAGUACACAAGAAAAUUCAUACAGGUGUGAAACCAUACACGUGUGAAGUAUGUGGCAAGGCCUUCCAUUAUCCAUCAAUACUUUCUAAGCAUAAGAGAAUUCACACAGGAGAGAAGCCAUACAAGUGUGAAGUGUGUGGGAAUGCCUUUCGUUUCCCAUCAUUACUUUCUGUACACAAGAGAAUUCAUACUGGAGAAAAACCUUACAGGUGUGAAGUAUGUGGCAAGGAAUUCCAUUGCCCAUCAUUGCUUUCUAAACACAAGAGAAUUCAUACAGGAGUGAAGCCCUACAAGUGUGAGGUCUGUGGCAAGGCUUUCCGUGCCCCAUCUGUGCUUUCUGUACACAUGAGAAUUCAUACGGGAGAAAAACCCUACAAGUGUGAAGUAUGUGCAAAGGCCUUCCGUUGUCCAUCAUUACUUUCUAAACACAAGAGAAUUCAUACAGGAGAAAAACUCUACAAGUGUGAAUUAUGUGGCAAGGCCUUCCAUUGUCCAUCAUUACUUUCUAAACACAAGAGAAUUCAUACAGGAGAGAAACACCACAAAUGUAAAGUAUGUGGUCUGGCCUUCCAUUGUCCAUCAUCACUUUCUGAACACAAGAGAAUUCAUACAGGUGAGAAACCCUACAAAUGUGACGUAUGUGGUGAGGCUUUUAGGACUUCCCGGAUUCUUUCUACUCACUUGAUAACCCAUUCUGGAGAGAAACCCUACAAGUGUGAAAAAUGUGGAAAAGCCUUCUCUACAAAAUCAUACUUAUGUCAGCACAAAUUUACUCACAAUGUGGAGAACCCUUAUAAAUGUAAAGAAUGUGGCAAAGUGCUCAACAAUACUAAAAACUUUAAGGAUCACCAAAGAAUUCAUUCUGGAGAGAAACCCUACAGGUGUAAAGAGUGUGGCAAAGACUUUAGAAGUUCUACAGCACGUUCUAAACACCGGAUAAUUCAUACUGGAGAGAAACGUUACAAGUGUGAAGAAUGUGGCAAAAGCUAUUACCAGUCUUCUGGUCUUAAGCAACAUCGAAAAAUUCAUUUGUGACAGAAACUUCACAAGUCUGAAGAAUGUGCCUAGAUCGUUUGUACUCAGUAAGAACUUUUGAUAUACCUGAUAAUUCGUACUGGACAUUAAUGCCACAAGUGUGAAAAAUGUUGCUAACUGUCCAAUAUUUCUCAACACAUGGGAGUUCAUACUGGAGUGAAAUAGUGCAGAUUGUAAAAUGUUCAUAAAAUGUUUACACUUCAUCAGACCAUAAAAGAUAUAAAAAAAAUCAUUCUGAGUAGAAGCCCUCUAAGUGUGGGGAAUGCGGUAAAGCCUUUGGAAUCAUUCAGCCCUUACCCACACAAAAGAAUUAACAAUAGAGGGCAGUCAUACACAUAUGAGGAAUACGGUGAAUUUUAUCUUUCAGUUAACAUCUCUGACCUCCACAGAAUUCAUCCCAGAGAGAAACAACGCAACUGUGAAGAGUGUGAAAAUGCCUUUAAAAGCUCCUCAAACCUUAAACAAAAGGAAAGGACUCAUACAGAGCAGCAAUCAUACAGAUGUGAAGAGUAUUGAGAAGGUUUGAUUGAUCAUUCAUUCCUUACUGCACACCAAGGAAAUCACAGAUUAGCCUCUGCAAAUGGACGAUCUGUGGUCAGUUAUUUAGAUGUCCUUCAUGCAUAUACACACAUCAUAGUGUUCAUGUUGGUAAAGUGCACUAUAAAUGCUAAGAUUGUGGCAAGGUCUUCACCUGGCUAUCAUAUCAGAAGUGUUCUCCAAAUUGUGCAAAACUUGAUAAGCCCAAAUAAUUCAGAAUAGUCUUCAAUAAUAUUUCUAAUCAUUAUCAACACCAAAGAACAUAUAUUGAUAAGCUUUGCAAAUACUUAUGCCCUAUUUUGCUUCUGAUAACCUUCACACAGAUAAACUAUGUAAUGGUGUCUCAAGUGAGUACAUGACUGGACCUCAUUGACCCAUGGGCAUGUCUGUGAGGCAUUGUCAUGAAUACUAACUAAUGUAGAUGAAUCUAGACCACUGGGGAUGCCAGUGCACCUUGGAUGUGCCGCUCUUGGAGAGGUGAUCACAGGUGUAUCAGAUUGCUGACUGAUACCAAGCCAGAGUGAUGGUAGCAGAAAGCAGCAUUCCACCAUGGUUUCUGUUUCACCUGCAGCUGUAGAGUUCAGCUGUGUUCUGCCCUGGGUUCCAUGAAUGAUUAAGUGCAGUCUGUGAGCUGAAAUAACCCAUUUUUUCUCCCAUGUAGUUGUGUGCCAUGACUUUUGUCACACCAACAGAAAUCAAACUGAAUAAAGAAUAUGGCAAGGCUUCCCACUCUUCUUUAUACCUUAGUUAUCAUCAGAAGCUUCAUAUUUGAGACAAUGUCACAAGGCUCUGAUGUUUGUUCAACCUUAACUUUCACUAGAGCAUUCACACUGGAAAAAAAAAAGCCCCACUGUUACAAAGAAUAUUAUAAAGAUUUACUGAUUUUUAUUGGCAAUUGAACACCUUAGUGUAGAGGACUCCUGAAAAAGCAAAUGAAACUCAAAUCUAAAAAAUCAUAUUUAAAAGAAACUACUCUAAACUCAUCAGUAGGUUAUUUGACACACCUUUAUAUCAGGAAAUUUCCUUCAUUGUAAAAACCUACAAAUACAAAUAAUGUGGAACACUUUUAGUUUAAACUUGAUUUUAAUUAACCUCAAGUGAAUUCAUAUUAUGUAGAAACCUUCUGCAUAUGAUUCUAGUAGUAACUUUGUCCAACAUAUGCACUUCAUAAGAGUAAAUGAGGUUAUAGCAGAAAACAUUUUGUGAAGGCAAAGAAUAUAGCAAAGUAUUUCAACCUCCCUAAUGAGUAGAGGGGAAUUAGUGUAGCAGAGCAAUCCUUCAGAAUGUUGGAACUUUGGAGGUAUUGCUUAGAAUUUAUGUGACAUCAUUGUUUGUUGUGCUGGAAAGAAACAAAUAAUAGGUGUUAGAAUCAUGCAGUUCACUCAAGAUUGAUGUUAUAAAUAAUUUGUUAUUAAAACCAAAUUAUUAUGUUGCUCAAGGUGUUGGAGAUGCCAGUUGUAUGAUAGUGGGAAAUACAGGAUAUGAAGAAAACUACAAGCAAUGAGGAGUGCAUACCUAGGAUAUAGAUUGUGUGCCUUUCUGGUGAAGCUAGAGGGGUUGAGCCACAUUGAAGUCAACACCAGUGCUGCAGAAGUCUCAGAUAAAAAGUGGAAGUAUCAGAUUGUAUAUUUGCCCUUCCGGAUUUGGGGCUAAUCCUUCUGUAGUGUGUUGUAAUUAUUCUGAUUUAGAAUUGCAUGUUUGUUCUGUGUCAUUGUGUGGUAGAAAAAGACACUUGGUUUUUAGGUUGUAGGAGCUUAUGGGUAGGAGUUUGUUUUGAGCCUCACAUUAGAUAUGUACUGGAGAUGUUUAAAUGCUUCAAAUUAUGAAGUACAUUGUAAUUUUUUUUUUUGAUUUUUUGAGACAGGGUUUCUCUAUGUAGCUUUGCGCCUUUCCUGGGA